AUAUCCCCUAAUUUAGUCUUUUGCCAUGUACCGGGCCGUUUGUCCCUACUUAGCUCUACAUCAAAGUAUAAAGUAAGCGUUGGAGAAGUUGAACGAAGACUUUCAUCACCUGAAUGCUUAAAUGCAUCUCUUCUUGGAGGAGUUUUGCGAAGGGCAAAAUCCAAGAAUGGCGGUAAAAGUUUAAGAGAGAAAUUGGAAAAGUAUGGUUUACGUUUACCUGCUGGUCGUAGGAAAGCAGCGAGCGUUACUCUUUUAACAUCUUUAGUUGAAGGUGAAGCUAGCCAUUUAGCGCGUGAUUUCGAUUAUGUAAGCAAAACAGAAUUUCCAGUUAAGCGGUUAGCUCAAUAUACGAAAAGACAGCAUACUAAUGAUAAACAAGCUCUAGCAGCAAAAGUGGAGGCAUCAUUAAAAUUGGUCAAGGAAUUCCAAGAUCUGAUUCUUUGCGGUCCACCGGGAAUGUCAUACGAGUGGGAACCCGGUGUAGAUAAAGAUGUAUUUAAUGGAUUACGUCAUUUUGCAUUAGUCACUCAUGGUUUUGGUACACCAACAAUUGUAACUGCUAUCAAUGUUUUCCAUCGAUAUCUAGAAGAGCUAUUACAAUCUCAAGAUAGUAAAGAAAAUGAUGGAGGCCAAAUGGGUAACGGAAAAUGUAGUUCAUAG